CGACGGUUUUCUCUUAUCUGGAAGCCAGUAGCACUGCCAUUGGUUCCAGAGUCUUGAAGGUAGACUUGGUCCUUGUUUUGUUCGUACCGUUAUCAUCGGUUUCUCAGGACGGAAUCCCCGAAAUUCUUUGCUCCACUGAAUGUUCCCAUCGUAAUCGAGAUCAGUCUUUCGUUGAUCAUGAGAGUGUUCGCAUUUGGAAUUGUGCUAGCGCUGAGUUUGCUCGCUGCCAGAGCAGAUGCCGCUGGAACUUGCGGAGAAAAGAAGACGGUUGUUCAGCAGCUGAUUCACCAUGGAUAUAAGGCAGUAGCGGGAGCUUGGCCUUGGCACGGUGCCAUGUUCCAUCGCUAUAGACGGUCAACGUCGUAUGCUUGCGGUGUGACGAUUUUGACUGAGCAAUUUGUGAUUACGGCCGCUCAUUGCACCUUCGAUCCAAAUGAAAAGCAACGAAUUCCAGCAGAUCGCGUUUACAUCAAGGUAGGAGUAACCAAUCUGGAUGCACCUGACAGGCAUGUGCAACAGCACAAUAUAGACAAAAUCAUACGUCAUGAGGGGUACAAUGAAGGAACAUUCGAAGAUGAUAUAGCCUUGAUGAAGCUGUAUACUGAUAUUGAAUACAACAGCUACGUACAGCCGAUUUGUCUGUGGCAAGGUGACACUACGCUGAGUAAGAUUGUGUCUCAGGUAGGAUAUAUAAUUGGAUGGGGAUAUAAUGAAAAUCAUGGAUUACCACAAGAGCUGAACGAAGCUGCUGCGCCGAUUGUGUCCAAAAAGGAGUGCAUCGACAGUGAUCCCAGUCAUUACUCGAAGUUUUACUUUGAGCCAAAAACGUUCUGCGCAGGGUAUCUCAAUGGAACACAUGCAGCUCAGGGAGACAGCGGAGGAGGCCUGUUUCUCCGUCUUGGCCAGCAUUGGGCUCUGCGAGGCAUCGUCAGUUCUACGAAGGCGCAUCCGAACACGCUUCAUUUAGAGGCAAACAGCUUUGUGGUGUUCACAGACGCAUCGUAUUACACCCGCUGGAUCACAUCAGAAGCAAAUAUAACAACCAAAUUUGAAAUCGAGGAAGACAUAAUAGAACUUCCGCCCAGUUCACGGCAACCUGGAGAUUCUGAAAAUCAGGCCAACCUUCUAAACAUUGCGAGCUGUGGAAAGGAUACAUAUCCGUCUGGAACACCUGAAGAAGAAAAGGGCUAUCUUAAUCAGUACCCUUGGUUGGCUGUCAUCGAGUAUAUCAAUACGAACACUCUAGUCCUGGAAGACACCUGCCAUGCAGUUUUGAUUCAUCCUAGCUUCCUCGUGACAGCCGCUAAUUGUGUUCAAAAGAAACGACUUUCCACUAUCCAGUCGGUGCGUCUGAACGACUAUCAACUCGACACGGUAAACGAUAUCUUUGAAAUCGACGGAGAAACCACUAGGACGACGGCAACCCGUAUUCCCGUGCGAGGAAUUUCCGUACAUCCAAACUACAACAAUCCAAAGUUCGCCAACAAUAUUGCCCUAAUAAAAUUGGAACGUCCGACGUCUGCCAACCCUAUCUGUUUAUCGCCAAAAUCGUCGACCCUGCCGCCGGCCAAGAAAUUUAGCAUCAUCGGUUGGAAGAAGAACUCCCGCAAGGAGAAACCAAUGAUUCGCAAUGUGGUUCAGUUGACCGAUUUCGGAUCUUGCCGAAGCAAGUACGCGGAAGAAAAUAUCUCACUAGAUUCGACGGGGGGCCAGGUGUGCAGUACUUAUUCGCAUGACGACGACAGCGAGAACUGCUCGCACUUUAUGGGUUCGGCUCCGUUCCAGUAUGUGCGGGAUGGUCCGUUCGAGGGGCGGUACUUCCUGGCGGCGAUAUCCAGCUUUGGUCACAGCAACUGUUGGCGGUAUGAGUUCUCGGAUGUGUUCACCAAUGUGACGCAUUAUGCUGAUUGGAUCCAGCGGAAGGUGAAGAAGAAUGAAAGGAAAAUUUAUCCGAACGUGUAGUCCAGGCACGAGUACUGGAGUUUAACGUUUUUUCCUGAACAUUUGAUACUUUGCGCAAUGACCAAAGAGAAGACACACAAACACCAACUGGCAAGUGGAAAAAAUGUCAUGACAUGUCUAAACAGUUUUCUGCAGGCGACAGAACAUUUUCGCACAAUGAAGCAGAUAAGACCAGCAUGUUAUGUCCUGUAUAAUUUUGCUGAUUUCUGGC